UUCAGUCAAAAUGGGGAAGAAAGAUGGCGAUGCCAAACGAAAAAGAAAAAGAGCCGUAUUCGACUCGGAAAGCGAGGACGACGAGAGUGGUGCAGACCUCGAGGAGGAGUUUCUGAGUCUGACCAAACGACCAAAACAGAAGGAACCUGCAUCGAAGCCACUAGCGAACAAGCCUUCUGCGGCUUCUGACAGCGAUCUGGAUUCAUCAGAAGGCAGCGAUGAUGAGUGGACGAUGGAUUCUGAAACAAGCAAAGGCAAAACUACCAAGGUAAAAGCCAAAAAGAAGCAAGGAAAGAAGAGGUCCUCAUCAGAAUCUUCGGAGAUGGAGAGUGGAGAGACAUCUUCAGGAGAACUGUCAUCAUCAUCAUUGUCUUCCUCGGAUGAGGAUGAGGAGCAGUAUCAUGACGGUUGGGAUGAAAAUUUAAUCGGAGAUGAAGCCGACAGGUCAAUGUUAGAAAAAAUGACGGAAAUAGAAAGAGAACAAGAAAUUUUCAACCGUGUUGAAAGACGAGAAGCUCUGAAAACAAGAUUUGAAAUUGAACGCAAGCUCAGGCAUGCCAAGAAGAAAGAGAAGAAGAAGAAGAAAGACAAAGAAAAAGCAAGCUACUUCAAAGGUGGAGGGAUAGCAUUAAGAAAGAAGGAAAGAAAGAAGGUUAUUGAAGAGAAGAAAGUCAAAGCCUUGGAUGACUUGAAAGCAAAACGAUCGGAGAAGAAAGAAAAAAAAGCUGGUGAAGCAUUUUUAGAGCAGAAGGAGCCUCUCAAAGCAAGUGAAGUUUUUACAGAUGAUGAAGAUGAAGAUGAUCAAGAUGAGAGCAAGUCUAGUGCCGAUGAGGAUUCUUAUGCAGGAUCUGAUGAUGAGCGAGAUUAUAGUGCUCCUGUUAAAGUAUCUAUGGUUGAUGAAAUCGAAAAGAUCAGACUGUCAAGACACAAGUUAGAGAAGUGGGUUCACAUGCCAUUUUUAGCAGAUACUAUAGUAGGUUGUUUUGUGCGUAUCGGAAUUGGUAGUCAUGAGGGAAGACCUGUAUACAGGGUUGCAGAGAUAAGAGAUGUUGUUGAAACAGCAAAGGUUUAUAAUCUAGGGAAAACAAAAACCAAUAAAGGACUGAAACUAAGACAUGGUCCACAAGAAAGGGUUUUCAGGCUUGAGUUUGUCUCAAAUCAAAGGAUAACUGAGACAGAAUUCCAAAGAUGGAAAGAAGAGUGCGAGGAGCACGAUAUUCCCAUUCCAAACUUGGAUGAUAUAGAGCGUAAAGAUGCAGAUAUCAAGAGUGCUGUCAAUUACAUGUAUAAGGAAGAAGACAUUGAAAAGAUUAUUUCAGAGAAAAAGAAGUUUGGGAAUACUCCUGUUAACUAUGCUGUUAAGAAAAACCAGCUCGCAAGAUCAAAGGAACUUGCAGAACAGUCUGGGGAUAUUGAAAAAGCUGACAAGAUUCGUCAAGAACUUGAAGACGUUGAAGAAAAAGCAGAAGGAUUGGAUAAAAAAAGAUCUAAAGGACUCAGUGCCAUAAGCUACAUUAACGAAAGAAACAGAAAACGGAAUAUUAUUGAGGCUGAGAAGGCCGCAGCUGAAGAGUUGAGGACAGAAGAGAAGAAAGAUGACCCGUUCACAAGAAGAAAAACAUUACCAAUACUCGUAUCCAUGGCUAAGAAUCAAGCAUUGAUAGAUGGUAGUUUUAUUGCCGACCCUCCUGAAGACAAUCCUGUCCCAGAACCAGUAGAGACACCAAAGAUAACACGAACGCUUGAGAGUAUGAUCCCAAGCCAUAGUUUACUAGACACACCUAUUGACGUAACAGAAACCCCUGUAGCUGAUGUCAAUAAACCUAACUCAGAAGACUUGUUCUCGGCUCAUAACUUCGAUAUUACCAUCAACCUUAACUUUCCUUUACCCGAAACGCGCACCUCUGCGACUGUCACCCAGACUCCGAACUCAGAACGUGACGGCACACCUCGAAGGUCGCUUAACCUGGAAGACUACAAGAAAAGAAAAGGUCUUAUCUGAAUUCACUACUCUUAAAAGUACUAUAUUUUCUAGAACCAUAGCGUGCGGACUUAACUUUGAAUCCAGAAGUUGCUUGUUUUGUUAUCCUAAAAUCUGCUUUUGUUUUCUAUUUCAAAAGUAAGGCUUAUCUGUACAUUCUGGAAAUUAUAGUAUUUUUACAAGUGGUGAAAAUAACUUGGAUUGUCUUGAGUGGUGUUUUCACUAAACAGGGAGUCCGUCUUAUCUGCAAAUAAGUGUACAAAAACGCAUCAAAAGGGAAUUUUGAGCCAAAGGAUUUGUAAAUGAAACUACGUACGUGAUGGGUAUCUAUUAGCUAUCCGAGGUCGAGCGAAAAAAUGGGUCGAGUUGGCAUCGCAUUGCAUUGUGGGACUGUUUAGAGGACAAUUGCAAGAUGGUGUUUAAUUUCAACCCCUAAAACAAUCCCACAAUGCACUGCAAUAUCAUCUCAAGUUUUUCUUCAACCUCUGAAUGGCUAGUUAGACUGAGUCUCUUUCGUCUUUAGUCACAAAAAUCCUUUCGAAAUAUAAAGGAAAACAAAAAGAAAAACUAGGGAAAAGGACUGAAUCUCUUUCCUUUCUCAUGGUGUACUUGUUUACACCUUCAAAAUAAUUCAGGAGCCUGGCUUAAAAAAAAAAAAAAAAAGACGGCUCAAAAAAAUCGGCAAAAAAAAUCUGAAAAAAAGUGUGCCACGACGAUACAUGUCUGUAGUAGACAUAGUACAAUGUUUUCACAUUUCAGAUUACACAUCAUUCCCUUGAGUAUUAUUUCUUUUUAACUUGCAACGCUCGAGUAGUUAUAUUGAUAUGGCUUUUGCACACAGAAUUCUAUUUUCAAGGGAAUAACACGUGGUCUGAAAUGGGACGACAUUACUAGACGCUCACAUGGAUUGGGGUCAUAGGUACAGCUUAGAUCAACACUUCCAUCAGCUUUCUAUAGCUGCUCACCUUUAAGAAAAUUUUUCACAAAUACGUUGUACAUCAUUAACUUCUGUAGAAACACGACCACUAGUCUUAACUUUUUAUCCCAAUGUAUUUAUGAGUUUGUAAUAAAAAAUGUCAAUAUA